AUGGCCUCUCUUGGCCUCCAACUUGUGGGCUACAUCCUGGGCCUGCUGGGGCUGUUGGGAACCCUGGUUGCCAUGCUACUCCCCAGCUGGCGAACAAGCUCUUACGUCGGCGCCAGCAUCGUGACCGCAGUCGGCUUCUCCAAGGGCCUCUGGAUGGAGUGUGCCACACACAGCACAGGCAUCACCCAGUGUGACAUCUACAGCACCAUGCUGGGCCUGCCUGCUGACAUCCAGGCUGCCCAGGCCAUGAUGGUGACGUCCAGUGCAAUCUCCUCCUUGGCCUGCAUUGUCUCUGUGGUGGGCAUGAGAUGCACAGUCUUCUGCCAGGAGUCCCGAGCCAAAGACAGAGUGGCGGUGGUGGGCGGAGUCUUCUUCAUCCUUGGAGGCCUCCUGGGCUUCAUCCCUGUUGUCUGGAAUCUUCACGGGAUCUUGCGGGACUUCUACUCCCCACUGGUGCCUGACAGCAUGAAAUUUGAGAUCGGAGAGGCUCUUUACUUGGGCAUUAUUUCCUCCCUGUUCUCCCUGGUAGCCGGAAUCAUCCUCUGCUUUUCCUGCUCGCCCCGGGGAAAUCGGUCCAACUACUACGAUGCCUACCAGGCCCAGCCCCUGGCCACUAGGAGCUCUCCAAGGCCUGGUCAACCACCCAAAGGCAAGAGUGAGUUUAACUCCUACAGCCUGACAGGGUAUGUGUGA